AUGGGUUCGUGGCUGCAGGACCUCUCCUCCGCAUUCAACUCGGUGCUAGGGCUGCUGGAGGAUGACCAAGGCCCGCUGAAGGAGUCCGGCGAGCUGACGAAGGACGAGCUGGUGCGGUUCUUCGAGGCGAGCGAGGACUUGUUCCACAGGCCCGAGUUUCUGGAGGAGUGCCGCAAGGUCACGAGGGACAAGAAGGCGCCCGUGGACGACGUGAUCGACGCGGCGCAGCGCAAGAUCUUCGAGUCGCAGGGCAUCCAGGGGGAGUUCGGGCUCAAGUACCUCAGCAAGCUGCAAGAAAAGUUCAAAGACGACCCCAUCUUUCUGGUUCGCUUCUCCGCCUUCUUCGCGGAGGAGGACCUGGUGCACGACAAGGUGGAGCCGAACAUGGACCCGAAGGAGCUGGAGAUGAAGGAGGCGACGGUCAAGGUCAACCGGCAGCAGAACAUGCUGAUGUACACUCGGGCCAAGAACCUGGAGGACGGGGACGGGGACGGGAAGCAGUGGCUCAGCGACGCGAUGCAGCGGCAAGCUCUCAUCUACCAGAAGGCCAUGCUGCACAAGAGCAACGUCGCGCAGCUGCUGCAGAGCAUGCAGACGGAGGAGCAGCGGCAGAUGUUCGUGAAGGCGUUCCAGGGGUUGAGCAAAGAGGGCAACGCGUUGAUCGAGGGGGCGGGGGACGACAUCGACGCGCGGUUCGACGCGAUGAACGCGCACAUGGUUCGCGUGGACGCCUGGCUGGCGGAGCAGGCCAAGCAGUACAGUCAGACGCUGAUGACGCCGCAGCAGCAGCAGAACUUCAUGGUGCAACAAAUGAUGGCGAUGCAGGCCAAGGGCGGGCGCGGGGGGCGGGGCAUGGGGCGCGGGACGCCGCUGAGUCUGGCGGGGCGCGGGGGGCGCGGGCGGGGCCGGCGGUGA